AAAACGCGUUCGACUGUACUUCCUUCACCUCCGUCGACUUCACCGGUACCGCCUACCAGUAAAUCCGGACCCACUACAACUGCUCCGGCGGAACCAUAUGAAGAAUCUGUUCCUGCAUCGCAUGAAGAUGCUGCUGAGAAAGAAGUCGCAUCAGAAGAACACGGCGGUGAUGAGGGAUAUGAUGUGGAUCAUAAAAUCUCUACUGUAAUAAGUAGCACUCAAGGAGGCGUAGAGGAUAGAAAGGGAAGGAAAGAGGAGAGUGAGGAGCAAAUUGGUGGCAAUCAAGAAUACACCGGCACGAAUACAGAAAUCGAAACGACCGUAGAGCCCGAGUCACCGAAUGAAGGCAAAACGCGUUCGACUGUACUUCCUUCACCUCCGUCGACUUCACCGGUACCGCCUACCAGUAAAUCCGGACCCACUACAACUGCUCCGGCGGAACCAUAUGAAGAAUCUGUUCCUGCAUCGCAUGAAGAUGCUGCUGAGAAAGAAGUCGCAUCAGAAGAACACGGCGGUGAUGAGGGAUAUGAUGUGGAUCAUAAAAUCUCUACUGUAAUAAGUAGCACUCAAGGAGGCGUAGAGGAUAGAAAGGGAAGGAAAGAGGAGAGUGAGGAGCAAAUUGGUGGCAAUCAAGAAUACACCGGCACGAAUACAGAAAUCGAAACGACCGUAGAGCCCGAGUCACCGAAUGAAGGUGAAAACCCCUAUGGAAGCAAUGUCCCAGCCUCGAAAGAGAAGAAGAUCAAGGAGGACCAUACUGGCCACACGUCGAAGCAGGAAGAGGCUGAGGAUGCGUAUGAUAAGUCAUUAGCUGAGAGCGAAGUAGCUGAUGACAGUGGUGAGAACUCAGAAGACACUGAUAAGACAUCAAAGCAGAACGAAGCCAAGAGUGAGUACGAGCCUGAAAAUGGUGAGCACCAAUCUGAGAAGGCUGGACCUAUUCCGGAUCAGAAUGAAGCUGAGGGAGAACAUGAGCAGGCAGCGGAUGUAGAAGAACCAGCUGAAAACAGUGAAUACGCUCCAGAGGAACCCUAUGGUCCAGCAGAUCACGGGAAGGCUGAGGAGAAGGAGGAGCCUGGAGACAGUGAACAUGUACCAGAGAAAACAGGCACAACCUCGGAUGAGAAGGACAAAAGCGCUGAUGAAGAGAAAGAGAAGCCAUCGGCUGAAGCUGAGCCAGAAGAAAAAACCAAUCAUACCUCAGAGAAAAUUUCGCCGGCUUCAAAUAAGAAUGAAGCUAAAAGUGACAACAAAAAACCGACGGCUGUACCUAAAACAACUAAAAGCAGUACAACUGCUUCUGCCAAGGCUGGCAAGGAAAAUGGUCACAGUGAUGCAAAGGAAAAUUAUAAGGAGUCAGCUGAGGCGACCGAAGGUUCGGAAUCAGUCGAGGAAGCGCGUGAAAGCGUGGAAAACACUGAGCCAAGUUCUGAAGUGACAGAUGGCAAAGCUUCAUACGACGAGAGCGAAGGAAACGCGAACGCAGAUGGGGAGGAGAGUCAGCUAGAGGUCGAAGACAAUUACGGACCCGCCGCUGAGGAGAACCAUGUCGAUAUGGCGGUCCAUUCGUCAGUUCCUGUUGUUCGAGUUGACAGUAAGACUAAGGACCGUGACAUAGUUAUUGCCUAUUCACCAACGCGUACAAAGAAGCUUCCAACCAAAGCAGGUCGGGGUAAGAAGACGAAGAAAACGCAUGUUUCGAAAACAAAGUCAUCAUCUGGAAGUCAUAAGUCCACGAAAGGAGCUCGCUACAUCAACGUUCCAAAUUUCCCAAGGCCAGAAGAGCUUCCAAUUACAAUAGUGCUCACCGAGGAAGAAGCAAAAGCACCUACACCUGCUCUUCCUGCUCCAGGGAAACUUCCGGCCACAAAAUACCCGGGCAAAUUUCCCAGGACC